AUGGGGCGUGGGCGAAAAGGCCCGCAGCGCCAACAACAACAUGCGAGCCCUAGAGCGCAGCCAAAACGCGCCCCAAGCCCGACAACCUACCAACGUAUUCGUGCUACGGUUACAGACGGCGUAUGGCAAGCGCAGGCGAUGAAAUAUACGCUUAGUACCACGCUUAUUGCUGUCUUCGCCUUAGUGAUCUACAAUGGUAUGGCGCUGAGGGUUACCAAAAAGAUGUCCUCUCCCAUUGAUGUGAGAAUGAAUCUGUAUGAUUGGGGCACCUUCCAACCACAGCAAUACUUGGGGAUGCGUGUCAAGCAGCCGAAAUCGCCCCUAUUUGGGCUGAUGUGGUAUGUACAGCCGGAGCGCCACGACCGGACCGAUAUCCGACACCGUUGCAAUCAAAAUGAUGGUAUUCGAUAUGCCUGGGAAAAAGCGGACAGUCGCUCCUUCGGCAAGCAAGUUUUGCGUGACGGCGACCUGACGUUGAAGACGGAUUGGGUCAAUCAAAAGGAGUCGUUUACGGUCCGUGUCCUGGGCCGGCAUAAAGACAGCUCAAGGCGGGUCUCCCUCUUCUACUACAUGGCAAUCCAGGAUGACGAUGAGAUGGCCCGGUGGAACGACCAGCUAGAACCGUAUAUUGAGCUCGGUCUCCGCACUCAUACGGGCAUCUACGGCUUCACGAAGUUAUUUGGCGGCUACCAAAUUGAUAUGACCAUCUGGGCCGAGUGGAGUACGGUGUCUGGAACCUCGUUGCCAGAUUUGAAUUGCUUUUACGAUGAAGAGCUGCUUUGGAAUGAAAUGGUGGCCGCCGAAGACAACGGGAGACGUGAGGCAAGGUUGAUACAGAAGGUGAAGGGUGAUCGGCCGAAAUACGCCGUGGUGAAGAUCAAUUUACCCCAUGAGUUCAACGUGACGUUGAACUUCCACACGACCCGUGGACCUUUUGUAUCGACAGCCGAUUUCUCGUCCCUACUGGCCAAACGGGAGAAAAACUGGGAUCGGGAGUUUGACACAAGGUUCCUGAUGAAUAGCCAGAAUUACACCGCAAAGGAGAAACGGCUUGGUCGCGUGGCCUUGUCAAAUAUGUUGGGCAGCGUCUCCUACUUGUACGGUUCCAGCUACGUGGUGGGACGCCGGUACUGGGGCGAGCGAAGCGUAGAGAAAUAUGGACCGCAUUCCCUCUUUACUGCCGUCCCAUCGCGUUCCUUCUUCCCACGUGGUUUCCUUUGGGACGAGGGAUUCCAUAAUCUUGUCAUCCAACAAUUCGAUCCAACUUUGGCUUUUGAGAUAAUGUGCAGUUGGCUGGAUACUAUGAAUGUGGACGGAUGGAUUCCGCGUGAACAAGCCUUAGGCCUGGAAGCCGAAAUGAAGGUUCCUCGGGAGUACCUGGUUCAGGAUGAUUCUGUUGCUAAUCCCCCUAGUUGGUUCUUCGCCAUGGGUUCGCUCAUGCACCAUGCCCCGGAAUACCAUUUGGACCUACGAUGCUGGAUGGCCCUCGCGAGCAAUGUAAUGAUCGAUUUCGCCCGCAAGUUUGGCAAGCCGGCAGACGUUCAGCAGUUUGAAAUCUAUCUGAGGGAAUAUUCGAAUAUCGACGACAUUAUCGCAAAACAUUGGAGCGAUGAGAAAAAGGCCUUCUUUGAUUAUGGCAUGCACUCCCGGGACGUCAGGUUAGAGCCGCUGCCUCCAAAGCCCGGCCAGAAACCGGAAGAUGUGGAAUGGGAGCGGGUCGUGCAUGAAGCGCCACGCCUGGGCCUCGUCGAUGAUGCUUUUGGAUACAACAGUCUCUUCCCCUUUAUCAUCAUGGCUGUUCCAGUUGACACCGAUUACUACUACCAUAUUCUGCGACGGAUUUCUGAUCCUGAGGAUCUCUGGACAGAAUUCGGAUUGCGCUCGAUCUCCAAGUCCUCGCCAUACUACCGCGCGCGUAAUACGAAGCAUGAUCCGCCGUACUGGCGUGGGAAUAUCUGGAUCAACAUGAACUACUUGGUGCUCUCCGCCUUGCGACAAUACGCCUGGGAAUCGAGCAAGUAUGCCCAACUAUCCCAGAGGCUCUACAACGAACUUCGGGCCAACAUCAUCAGGAAUAUGGCUAAGGAGCUGGAUCGUACUGGCUUCAUCUGGGAGAACUACAACGACGUAACAGGCGAGGGCUCUGGAUGUCAUCCCUUCACAGGCUGGAGCUCGCUGGUGGCGGUGCUCCUGCGUGAACCUCUCUUUGAUCCGAGCGGUAAAAAGCCGCCCGUCAAACCCGCCGACUUGCCUCCAACCCUA